AUAAAAACGGCGGCGCGGGCGGGACGGGACGGACGGACGGAGGGAGCCAGCGGCGGGGCCGGUGCCGGUGCCGAGGGAGCGGCGGAGCCCUCGAACCGUUUAUUGCUCCCCCCUCGGUGCCCUCGCUGCGCCCCCCACGCCGGCAGCCGCGAUGCCAAACUUCUCCGGGAACUGGAAGAUGAAGAGCUCGGAAAACUUCGAGGAGCUGCUGAAGGCGCUGGGCGUGAACGUGAUGCUGCGCAAGAUCGCCGUGGCGGCGGCGGCGAAGCCGGCGGUGGAGAUCCGGCAGGACGGCGAGAGCUUCUACAUCCGCACCUCCACCCCCGUGCGCACCACCGAGAUCCGCUUCAGGGUGGGCGAGGAGUUCGAGGAGCAGACGGUGGACGGGCGGCCCUGCAAGGUGUGCCAGGGGCACCCAAGGGCGCUGCGCGCGGCUGGGGGGGUGGGAGAGUGA